AUGGUUCAUAUAUGUGAUAGAUGUAAUAAACCAUUCAAAAAGUUAUGGAUUCUUACUCAUCAUCUUCAGAAUAGAAAAUUUCUAUGUCGACCGCAAAUUAUUCCUAUUAUAAAUCCUAUUCCAAUUCCACAAACCGAACCAGAUACAAGUUUAAUAGAAAAUGAUGCUGUAUUAGAUACUGGUAUUCACUUUAUUCAAAUUAGAGUUAGCGAUCCAGAAAGACCCCAUGAUAAUUUUAAAUUAUUAAGUAAUUGGGAAGCAAUAGUUCCAUCACCUAUACUAGAUCCAAGAUAUGAAUUUAUCAAACCAAUAAUAGAUCCCGUAAAAUAUGCAGAAAUGCCAUAUAUGCCUCUGUUAUUAGCAAAUGCUAGAGAUGAAAUUACAAGAGUUCUUAAAAUCGAGCUCAAUGAAAAGGAUCAAAUAAAAACUGCAUUAAUUGCUCAUUGUUAUUAUGCAAAAUCGAAGAAGAAGGAGGAUAUGUU